UUUUACUCAAAAUUCAUAUCCCAAAACUAUUCUGCUCGUUUAGAAGUGCUACUACUCAGCCGGAGCAAAGAGAAGAAAACUCAUCGCCGUCCUCCACAAACCCCGAUGACUGGCCAUUGCUAUUGCACUUCAAAGAAGCCAUCCCCAAUAGUGCACUAGGGUUUGCAAUCUUUUCAUUUCCCUAACCUCGAUUCGGCUGUGAAGAUUUCGUCUUUUCCAGAGAGAUAGGGAGUGUGUCUUAGGGAUUUCAGAGAGAAAAUACAUCGGACAAGAGAGGAAUAUGACGGAGGUGAUUCUCCACAUCUAUGAUGUGACGAACAGUGCCUCCGACAAGACCAACAACACCGUUCUUCAGAUCAAUAGGUUUUUCAAAGAUGGUAUUGGUCUUGGCGGCAUCUUCCAUAGCGCUGUCCAGGUUUAUGGAGAUGAGGAAUGGUCUUUUGGGUUCUGCGAACAAGGUACCGGAGUAUUUAGCUGCCCUGCUGGAAAGAAUCCAAUGUAUUCCUAUCGUGAAAGCAUUGUUCUUGGAAAAACAAACUGUUCAAUUUUCAAAGUGAACCAGAUACUGCGGGAACUUAGUAGAGAAUGGCCUGGCUUCUUGUAUGAUUUACUGUCGAAAAACUGCAAUCACUUCUGUGAUGAGUUCUGUGAAAGACUUGGUGCCCCCAAGCUUCCUGGUUGGGUAAAUAGAUUUGCUAAUGCGGGUGACGCUGCUAUGGAGAUGGCAGAAAACACAGCCCUUCGGCUGCGUCAAGCUAAAACCGAGAUUGUUUCAGCAAGCAAAGUUGCUUAUCGGUUCCUUGCAGGAGUUGCUUCCAGUAGUAAUUCCCCCGAGUCCCCCGGAAGUUCCAGCAGAGAAAGUCCUAGAUUCCAAUCAACAUGGUUUAAAAAUAUUGUUUCUAUAGGUGCCAAACCAUCAAGUAAUUCGGGCGUAGAGUGUGAGAAUUUAGAGGUGACACAACAGCAGCAACAUGAAGCAUUCCGGAGGCAAAACUCCUCACGGUAUGAAGCAGCAUAAGGGAAGGGAAUGCCUGGCCUCUAUCACCAGACUUUGAGGUGACUUGUUCUGUUGUUGCGUUGUUUGAUCAAUGUAUAUUGACUGCCUACUUUUCCAUGUAGUCGGUGUUCUAUAAUGAUGUGCCAUUGUUGUUAUUGUAAGCUCUUUCUUCACACACCUCACGCCGACUUGAUUUGCCAAUUGGAAGUAUCUCAAACUCUUGAAUGGGAAUGUGAUUAUAAGUUGGAUCCCCCAUGUAGAUGGAUGAAGUUUCAUUGUGAUUGGCUGUACACUUGUACUUUUGUAUUCAUUUUCUGACUCUGUUGUAAAUUGGGGAUCUUAGACCCCUAUGUUGUUUAAAGAUUACCCAUCACUUUUCAUAUU